CGCUUGGGGUAGGAAGAUUUCUGUUUGUUUUGUUCUGUUUCCGAGGGUCCCGUGUGUUUCUCUUGCCUGUAUCAACGUGACUCUUGGUGGGUUUUGCACACCCUGCCCUGUGGGGGAGUGCCCCAACGUGCCUGUCUUAUGUGGCCUCUAUGGACACACUGCCCGGCUGGCAGAGAACAGGGAAGUUUUCUCCCAGCACCCAAAAAGAGAAAGAGGAAACUGCUUUUUCCUUCUGGGCUCCUUGCAGCACAAUAGCUCAGGAUAAGCUUCCACGUUCCCUCCCUGGAUUUUCUGGAGUGCUUUCCAGGAAGAAGUUAAAACUUCAUCUUUAAAUGGAUGAGUAUGUCACAAUCAGGAAGAAACAUCUCCAAAGACCCAUCUUUAGACUAAGAUGCUUGGUGAAGCAGCUGGAGAAAGGCGAUGUCAACGUUGUCGACCUUAAGAAGAAUAUCGAAUAUGCAGCAUCUGUGCUGGAAGCGGUUUACAUCGAUGAGACGCGACGGCUUCUGGACACUGAAGAUGAGCUCAGCGACAUUCAGACUGACUCAGUCCCACUGGAAGUCCGAGAUUGGUUGGCUUCUACCUUUACACGGAAAAUGGGGUUGAUGAAAAAGAAGAACGAGGAAAAACCAAGGUUUCGAAGCAUUGUCCAUGCUGUUCAGGCUGGAAUUUUUGUGGAAAGGAUGUACAGGAAGAGCUAUCACAUGGUUGGUUUGGCAUAUCCUGCAGCUGUCAUAACUACACUCAAGGAUGUUGAUAAAUGGUCUUUUGACGUAUUUGCCUUAAAUGAAGCAAGCGGGGAGCAUAGUCUGAAGUUUAUGAUUUAUGAACUGUUUACCAGAUAUGAUCUUAUCAACCGCUUCAAGAUUCCUGUUUCUUGCCUAAUUGCCUUUGCAGAAGCUUUAGAAAUUGGUUACAGCAAGCACAAAAAUCCAUAUCAUAAUUUGAUUCAUGCAGCUGAUGUCACUCAAACUGUGCAUUACAUAAUGCUUCAUACAGGUAUCAUGCAUUGGCUCACUGAACUGGAAAUUUUAGCGAUGGUUUUUGCAGCUGCCAUUCAUGAUUAUGAGCACACAGGAACAACAAACAACUUCCAUAUUCAGACGAGGUCAGAUGUUGCCAUUCUGUACAAUGACCGCUCUGUGCUCGAGAAUCACCACGUGAGUGCGGCCUACCGACUUAUGCAAGAGGAGGAAAUGAAUAUCUUGGUAAACUUAUCUAAAGAUGACUGGAGGGAUCUUCGGAACUUAGUGAUUGAAAUGGUGUUAUCUACAGACAUGUCAGGUCAUUUCCAGCAAAUUAAAAACAUAAGAAACAGUUUGCAGCAGCCUGAAGGGAUUGACAGAGCCAAAACUAUGUCCCUGAUACUCCAUGCAGCCGACAUCAGCCACCCAGCCAAGACUUGGAAGCUGCACUAUAGGUGGACCAUGGCCCUAAUGGAGGAGUUUUUCCUGCAGGGAGAUAAAGAAGCUGAAUUAGGGCUUCCAUUUUCUCCACUUUGUGAUCGGAAGUCAACGAUGGUCGCCCAGUCUCAAAUAGGUUUCAUUGAUUUCAUAGUGGAGCCAACGUUUUCUCUCCUGACAGACUCAACAGAGAAAAUUGUUAUUCCUCUUAUAGAGGAAUCCUCAAAAUCGGCAUCUUGUAACUAUGGGGCAAGCAGCUCAUCCACCAUGGUUGCUGAUUCCCUGAGGCGUUCAAAUUCAAAAGGCCCCAUGAGUGAUGGGAGCUAUACUCCAGACUACUCUCUGUCAUCUGUGGACCUGAAGAGCUUCAAAAACAACCUAGUGGACAUCAUUCAGCAGAACAAAGAGAGAUGGAAAGAGUUAGCUACCCAAGGUGAACUUGCUCUUCAUAAGAACUCGGAAGACUUAGGAAAUGCUGAAGAAAAGCAUGCUGACACACAUCCAUAGGUCUGCAAGAACUUUAAGAGUUCAGUUGUUUUAAACAUAAGAGGGAAAUGAAAACAGCAUGAAAACCAUGCAAAGUCCUUGACUUUCUAAAAUAUUAUAUUCUCCUCUUUGAACAUACAGUUGGCUCAGGCCAGUUUAGUGGACUCCUCUGUAAGGAAUAAGAGCAUAAAUUUCAAUCGAAUAACUGGGCAAAGAAGUACCAUGAAUUGUGACUAGGAUUCUGGCCACUGUUUCUGCCACUGUUUUCCCUCCGUAGUUUGGUCAUCUUCAGUCAAACCAGAAAAUCUCUUAACACCGAAAGUCGGACAGUUUCAAACUUUUGUCACGUUUAAUUUGUGCAGAAGAUAAACCGUUUCCCAGUGUGCUUCUUGCACUAUGUUAUUCACAGUGCUGCUACAACAAAAUUUUAAAUGGGGUGGGGAGGUGGGUGGGAAGCAAAAGAAUAGCAAAUCCAAAUGAUGGAAAAAGGGGUUUUCUUGCACUGCUGGUGUGGUAAGACUGGCUUCUUUUAAAUGCAUGGGAACAGACAGAGACUCGAGGUUGCUCAGUUGUUCGUGAAGUCCCAGCAACACCGACCAUGAGAGCUGCCACACAGUGACUGGAUGUACACCUCACUGUGUCUCCAGCUGGGAAGCUACAGUGCUACCUUCCCCUGAUGUCAGAGGAUCGUCCUGCACCCAUCCCUGUGGUUCUAAGGCACUAAUGUAUCACUCCUGCGUGUGGCCACAUAGCAGGUCACAGCUUGCUCUAGGUCCACAGUCACAAGGAGCAUCAGCCAUUGCAGGAGACAGGCACUUGAAGGGAAAGCGGAUUUUCCUUCUGGGAUUUGAUCCUAUUAGAAUAUAAGAAUAUAUUACAGGCUGAAGGAUAAGAGGAGAGAGAGAGAGAGAGAGAGAGAGAGAGAGAGAGAGAGAGAGAGAGAGAGAGAGAGUAUGUGUGUGUGUGUGUGUGUGUGUGUGUGUGUGUGUGUGUGUGUGUGUGUGUGUGUGAUGUAGGUGUGUGUAUUCAUGCUCAGUUGUUUAUAUGGAAAUGAAAACCCAUGCUUUUCUGUACAGCUAACAUUAUUUGAUGUAACUUUUUAAUUUUACUGAACAGAAAUGAACUGCAACCCUCAGAGGCUCUGCUUCUUUGCCAUGUUUUGCCUGAGCAUGUGUGAAGUCUUUCCUUGCCUAAGGGCCUUUACUUGUUUUGGCUAACAAGAACGGUCAAGUCCAAUUAGAUAUUGUAGCUUUUCACUGUACAUACCUUUCAGGGAUGGUGAGCGUCAUGAAAGGUGGAAAUUGGAUGGAAAGAAUCAGGAGUAACUGUCAAUUAAAUGAUGUACAGAAGGUUUUGUCCAUCCUAAUGAGUUGCUUCUUGCACCUGCUUCUCACCCCCCAGAUUCCACAAGGCUAAGCAAUAUUUCAGAGAAGGACAUGACCAGAAGCUUCUAAGCCCCAAGCCUAAGGAGUGAGGUCUUUAUAACUCACAACUUAGAUCUACUUUAAUGUGUAAGCCAUAUUCUCUAUGCAUAUUUAGUAUGCAUUAUUGUAAUUUAAGAUAUAUUUGUGUGUAGACUGUAUAAAAUGCUUUUAAAUGUUCUGUGAAUUAGAUUCUUAGUGUUUGUAUUGUCUAGAUCUUGUGCUGAGCACAGCUAAAUAAUUGAAUUGUAUCAUAGACAUUAUAGUGUAAUGAAUAUUUUAAAUGUCAGCAGUAAAGACUGAUCUAUAAUAAUGUGUUGAGAAAAUUUAUAGAAAUGUACAUCAUAGCCUUUGUCCUUUGAAAUGGACUUUUUAUUUCUAUUUAUGGGGAAACUGUAACUACUGCUCUUAAUGUCUUCUUUUUUAAAAAUUGAGAUAUUUACCAUCUAGAAAAAUAUUCUGCUUUUAAAUAGAAUCUGGGAGUCUAAGAAAUUUAAUUACUAUUGUUCCUAAUUGAGCCAGUUGUCUUUAAGUAAAGCUAGAAUCUCUGGAGAGAAGAAUUAAUUGUAAGCCUGCUCCGCUCAUGGCAUAGAAAAUAUACCCACUUUGUUCCUUUGAUUUCCAUGCUUUGUUAAUAUAAAUGGAGGAAUAUAUACAUUGGUCCGUGUCUAUGUGCUACCCGAAAUGUCAAAGUUAUGUGACUUACACAGCACUGUGACUGACUUGCAGGGGGACUUGGGGAGACACACUGUUCAGAGCUGUCACACUUACCCUUCUUCUCACCUUUCUCUCUCUCUUCCUAUCUCCCCUCUCCCUAACUUGUCUCCUAUUUUGCCUUUGGCCUUCCACAUUCCUUCCUUCCUUGUUCUCUCUGCAAGACCACUCCUACUGGGCACUAAUAAGCAGGGCUCAGACCGGAGGUCACAUGUGCUGUCCCUCUACAGAUAUUGGUGUGUGAGUCCACGUUGUGAGACAGGACUAUCUCCCUCCAUAGGCUGCUGCAACUGCUUUGCAUUUUCACUCACAGCUACCCACCAUAUACUUGCAAGUUCAUAUGCCUUUUCAUUUAACCAGAACUUUACAUUUUUAACAUGGCAGCCUACAACUCUUGUGUUUUUAUUAUGCUGUAACUCUCUGUAUUUCCUACUAUACAUGAUUGCUAAAUAAAUCACAUUUGAUGGAAAAUAUCCUGA